UGAUUUUGUCACUAGCCUCCGCAAUUUGCAUACCUUAGAUGUCAGUUCCUGUAAAAAUUUGAAAGCAUUGCCCGAGUAUGUGGCAGGUCUUAGGAAUUUGAGAAUUUUUAAUUUCAAGAACUGCCCGUUUCUAGGAGCAUUACCCAAAGAUUUUGGAGCUUUAACUCAGUUAAGAUCCCUUAACUUAGAUGGUACUCAGAUCAAAGUACUACCAGAGUCUUGCAUUUACCUCAGAAAUCUUGAGUAUGUGCAUCUUUUCCAGUGUGAGCUUCCCAAUGAGGUGACGAAUUGGGUGAAACUGAGAAAGUUUAACUACGCAAACAACAAAACACCAAUGGGUAUAGGGAAACUAACUUGGUUGCAAGAAUUGAUGUACGAUGUGCGGGAAAAAGUCAGCAACAACGAUCCGGAAUGUAAUGAUGGUAUUGAAGAGUUAGCAAACCUGAACUUUCUUGAGAUGCUGAGCAUCACGAAUCUCCAGAACGUGAAUGACCCGGUUGAUGCUGAGAGAGCAAAUUUGAAAGGAAAACAGAAUCUUUAUCAAUUGGAACUAUAUUGGCAAUGCGGCGAAACAGAAGAAGAUUUGAGCAAGAGGUGGUGGGAUGAGAAGUCAUGUAAUUUUCAAGUAUUUGAAGCUCUCCAACCUCCCUCGAGUUUGACAUAUUUACAGAUACAGAAAUUCAUGGGGCGUGAACUUCCCGCCUGGAUGUGUGAUCCGUCGGGUUCUCUUGUUAAUUUGGAACAUUUGGUACUGCAAAACUGCAAAGGCAUGAAACAACUCCCAGCAGCUAUUCGGGAGCUGCCACGUCUGUGGCGUCUUGAGCUUGAAGGAAUGUCUAUGAGGAGUUUAAACAUCGGAGGAUUUCCUUCCUUGACUAGACUCGAUCUUACUGAUAUGUUGGCUCUAGAAGAAUUAAGAGAUUCACAUCCUUCAUGUCUUCGGGAUCUGAACAUUAACGGAUGCAAAAGUUUAAGAGAAAUCCCUGCGCUUCCUCGUCUGAUGAGUUUGGUACUAGAAAAGGUAAGCAACAACUUAGUAAGCUCGGUUGGUAGAAGCCAGACAUCUCUGACGCAGCUAUUUCUGGAGAACAUUGAAGAGCUUAUAUACUUCCCGUUAAGCAUACUCGUAAACAACUGCAAUCUUCGAAUUCUGCAAGUUGAAACGUGCAAUCAGUUCGAAGGCUUUGCUAUAAAUGAUGAUGAGAAUGAGAGUGUGGCUCCUCUGCUUGCCCCUGAGCACUACAGCGGUUUUCAGAAUUUGGAACUCAUUGGUUGCCCGGUUCUUAAGUUUCUUCCAGAUUUACGAGGAUGGACUUCUCUUGAGAGAUUGGUCAUCUUCAAUUGCCCUCAAGUUGAGGAGUCUUUAACCUAUGAUCUCAAAUCCAUCUCCUUUCUUAAACUACUGUUUGUUGAUUAUAUUCAAGAACGCGAGCAGCAGCGAGGAUAUCCAUUGCUUUACACUGAUUUGAUUAGUUUGGUGGAUUACUAGGUGUCUCAUAUCAUCACUGAGCUGAUUAACGACGAUAUUUCCUCAUCCCAAAUGUCUUGCGGGGAAGUUUACUCAAACGAGGUCUAGCGAGAAUAUGCUUGCAGGUGUGUUUCACUUGAGAAGAAGCGGAUCUGAUUAAGCCGGAGCCUAGUUUGGGUAGAAAAGAAGAGCAUAUUGGUCACUUGAAGGAUGCGAAAUGAAAUAAUUAUGACAAUUGGUUGGCUCUACAAAUUUCAAGGGUUUGCAAUGCAACCCUAUAUGGCUUAGUUUUAUCCUUGAAACUUUUAAAGCUUAUAAAUAUUGGCAGCAAUUUAAAUUGAUCCUAAUAAUGAAAUGUAUAACAUGAUUAUCGAGCGUGAACGUCGAGAUAGGGCGACUACGGUUGUUCGUGUUUGGCUUCCA